UUUGCAGGUGUCGCGCGUUUUGCCAUCUCACUUUUUAAAAACUGCCGUCGCCGUCGUCGUUGCCAUUGCUGUCGCUGCGGUGACAUUUUUACACACAGAGAGAGCGAGAGCGAGAUUUGCACACACAGAGACAACACAACAUACCGUUGCAAUUAUUAAACAAACACGAAGACACCUUCGUGUUCCUCGCUCCAUCUCAUUCGCACACGCUUCGCACAUAGUCCGAGACUCCGACUCUCAGUAAUUUUAAUUCGAAUCAAUUUGUUUGUCGCCGCCGCGGCCCCAGCACAGUGGGCAUCUCCAAUAGUCCCUAACCAUCAUCAAUCCUUUGGGGAUCCUUUCUUGGGAUCCUUGGAACGCAUUUCCCUUUUUUUUUUUGUCGUGUUUUAACUUUCAAUUGACAUAAUUAUUUGCCUAUUUUGUUUGGUUUUUUAUUUUGUUUUCUUUUUGUGAAUUGUGUUUGGCUCGAUCAUGGAUCAGCUGAUUAAACAUCUGCAAUUGGCAGCUGUUGCGCAGGCGCAAACACAAACCCAUCCACAUCCGCAUCCGCAUUCCGCGUUGCAAUUGUAUUUGGCCAAUAUGCGGAUUCCUAGACCCUGGACCAACAACAGUUCCAUCCAAUUGGACUCAACCGGUUCGAGUUGCUCCUCCUCGGCCUACGAUACGGCACAUUCACUCAGUUCGGUGGAAUUCUUGCGUCACAUGGCCUUAAUGCAAACCGCCACUGCGGUGGCUGCUGCCGCUGCGCGGCAACAACAAUUGGAGGAUCAACAAAAGGAUAACGAUGAUGAUCAACAGCAGCAGCUUCAAGUGAAGACUGAGAAAUCGGAAACCCUUCAAACGGAUCAGCGUUCACUCAAUGAAGACUCCUCCACAUCGACCAAUACCACCAUUAACACCAAUGUGACAACCAGCACGACCCACCAUGAAAAUGAUGAUGAUGAUGAUGAUGAUGAUGACGAGGAAAAUGCGGCUGACAAUGAGGACGAUCGAAAGGAGCAGAAAAGACGUAAAAAAGAUCAUCAGAGUGAAUCCGAUGUUGAAUUGGAAACUGAAUCCGAUUUGGCCAAACGUCGUAGAUGCCGCACAAAUUUCAAUUCAUGGCAAUUGGAACAAUUGGAAUUAUCCUUUCAUCAUAGCCAUUAUCCUGAUAUAUUUAUGCGAGAGGCAUUGGCCAUGCGUCUUGAUUUAAGGGAAGGUCGCAUAGCGGUUUGGUUUCAAAAUCGUCGCGCCAAAUGGCGCAAGAAGGAGCACACAAAGAAGGGUCCUGGUCGGCCAGCACACAAUGCCCAGCCGAAGACUUGUAGUGGAGCGCCCAUUCCACUGAUUGAGCUGCAAGCACAAGAACGAGCUCAGCGCAGUAAACGUUUAAACAAGGCAAUCGAGCGACAGGCUCGGAAAUUACGUUCGAAAGGCAUCAAAGUGAACAUGGCUCAAUUAAAGGCUGACUAUUUGGCUGCACAUAGUGAAGAUUAUACGGAGGAUCAGCAGGAGGAAAUCAUUGUCGAUGUGGUGGGCAAUACGGAUAGUCUAGAAGGGGGGAAAGGCAGCUGUGCAGCGCUUCAAUCGCCAAGGGAAACUACUGUGGCGGCUCCACGUCCCAAAAAAUCUCAUUAUAAUUCCUCAUUCAGCAUCGAAUCGCUGCUGGGCACAUAACACAGAGCUAAAACAAUUUCGAUUUGUAUGACAAUUUCGAUAGAAAUCUAAAUAGACAACAAAA